AUGAUUCUGGCAGUUCUGUGCAUCAUUGCUUUGUCCGUAUUUACUUUUACAGAUGCUCAAAGCUGCCCCGGCAGUAAAAUCACCGAUGUCCAGCGGAAAACGCUUAUAAGACAGCAUAAUCUAGCGCGGGCAAAACUGGCACGUGGUCAAGUGAAUGACAGCAGUGGCCGACAGAUGCCGCGCGCUAGUAACAUGAUGGAAUUGACCUGGAGCUGUGAACUGGAAAAAUCUGCGCAGGAAUGGGUGUCGCACUGCAGCAUGGACCAUUCACCGCUAAGACGGCAAAACAAAGUCGGAGAAAACAUCUACUCGAAGUACGCCCAGCUGGGUAUUCAAGGUAAAGUUAAUCACAACUGUCAUUUAUUCUGUAUAAUACGUUAA